AUGAAAGGCUCAAUUUUUUAUGAAAAUGAAGUAUUUGGUUAUGAGUUUGCUUUUGUUACAUCAAAUAUAAUUAAAACUGAAAUAUGGAAAGAAAUUAUCAAGACAAUAUUUUUUAAAAUUAUAAUUAAUGAGAACACAGAUAUUUUUAUAAAUAAGUAUUUAGUUAUUUAUAUAAUAUAUUCAAAUAGCUUAGACAUUAUAGAUAAAUUAGUAGUUUUUGCCUUGAAUAAUACAUCUAUAAUGAUUGAAAACAAAAAUAAUGUUGUUUAA